AUGAGUGAGGUUCGAAGGAGGAAGCCGGAGACCUUAAAAGAUAGCAAUUCGUCGGCUCAACAGUGUUUAAAAUAUGCACAUAGCAAACACUCGGAAGUCCCUAUUUCAGAUAAAUGCACUGACCGUCCAUACAGCCUGUUUUGGUUGUUCCCUGUGACAGCUGUUUUCCUAGCUUGCUUCAUUAUUUGCGACGACAAUAGUGAUUGUUGGCCUUGUUCUGACUCUUUAUGCAGUUUUUUUAACGUGGUAUCUGCUAGAUCACACCUUAUCAAGGUCACCAACUUCGGUCCCCGAACUGCCGGGUCCUUGGCUAAUGAAGUUGCUGCUGCUGGCUAUCUUCGGAAUGAAUUAAGACGAACAUAA